ACGUGCCGGGGAAAUAAAAAAUGUCGGUCGAUCGGGUGUCGUUGUCGGUCGGGAUUUUAUCGACUUUUGACCACGGUCGUGGUGACUCUUGGAAGUCAUAUAAAGGUCGACUGCUACAGUGGUAUAUCGCGAACGAUAUAAACGCGACAACAGAUGCAACGGGGAUCAGACGACGGGCUAUUUUACUUAGUGCACUCGCGGAAGGAUCAUACCAACUUGCGGUGGAUUUGGCCUUGCCGAAAACGCUAGAAGACGUUCCAUUCGAGGACAUACUAGCUAUCUUGGACGCACACUUCACACCGAAGAGGUUGGGCAUCGGUGAGAGGCAUAAAUUUUAUGCAGCAACACAGCAACCGUCAGAGUCGCAUACAGAAUGGGCGGCUAGACUGCGGGGGCUGACGGCUCAUUGUAAUUUUAGCAACGUGGAAGAAGCACUGCGGGAUCGCUUUGUAAUAGGCAUGCGGCCGGGGCUCGAGAAGGAGAAGCUGUAUGCUAAGGAUCUCACAGAGCUCACUCUCACGAAGGCGGUGGAGCUGGCGGAGAGUAUCCGGUGCGCGCACGCUGGAGCUGCUAGCAGUUCCAAUGCAGGUGUCAUUGCGAGCGCGGUUGAGGUGGAGCGCGGCGCCAUGUUCAAGAUGGAAGGAACAAAAAGUGAUAGCAAAAAUAGUGCAAGUGCUGGUGUGAGUGCGACAAAAUCUAAAUGCCAUGUCUGUGGAUUUUUCCAUAAAUCAAAAAUAUGUAAAUAUAGGAAUCAUGUGUGUAACCGGUGUCAUGUCGCGGGGCAUCUUCGAAGGGCAUGCCCCCAGAUAGGGUACGUAGCCACAGGCGGAGCCGCCGAGGACGACGAUGAUGACGUGUACACAAGUUAGAGGUCGUGGAGGAAAAUUUCAAAAAACGUUUUCGUUAGGU